AUGCCAUUGCGUGAUUCUGCCUGCUCUGCCUGUGUAUCACGCACAUUUCUACGUUCUUGGAGAUGUCACCCCAAGCUUAUAUUCAGUGAGGAAACACUAGGCUUGAAACAGAAAGAAGGCCAAAAUAUCGAUAUAGCAAGGGGUUUCACUAGCAGAGUUGAUCAUAUUCUGAAAAAUCACUCAGACACUGGUGUGAAGAUACUCAAGUUUGUAAUCCGUGAUCAUUACAAUGUCGACACUUGUCAUCUAAAUAGUUGGCUCCAGAAAGCUAUCACACCAGGGAUUGAAGAAGUCACACUUUUGCUGCCUACGAAAUAUAGGAAAAUGUAUGAAGUCCCGUGUUCAGCUCUACUUGAUGGGUGUGGAAACUCAAUCUGGUAUCUUUACCUCACCAAUUGUGCCUUCCGCCCCCCGGUUGGAUUUGAUUGCUUGAGAAGCCUGACAAAGCUGCAUCUGUAUGGAGUUUGUAUCACGGGGGAUGAGUUGGGGCAUCUUAUUUCCAAUUGUUUUGCUUUGGAGGAGUUAGAAGUCAGCUGUUGCAUGAAGCUAAUCUGCCUGGAGAUACCAUUCUGGCUGGAGCGGCUUAGUUGCUUGACUGUGUCUCAGUGCGACAAGCUGAGAGUGAUAAAGAGCACAGCUCCACACCUCUCCAUUUUUGACUUCUUUGGUGAACCAGUACAACUCGUGCUUGGAGAAUCAUCAAAGGUAAAAGACUUAAGGGUGGGGUAUUCAUUUGCGCCCAAUGCUGUGAGUUAUGCUAUCACUAAGCUACCUUUCAUCGCACCACAUCUUGAGACUCUUACUGUAUACUCGUUUUGUGAGAGGGUUAGUACCCCAAUGGUAGCUGACAAAUUCCUCCACAUAAAGCACUUGAAUAUCUACCUUGGUGAGGAUGAUGGUGGGGCUGUUACCCCGGCCUAUGAUUAUUUAUCCUUGGCUUCAUUUCUGGAUGCUUGUCCUGUCUUGGAGAGUUUCAUCUUAAGUGUAGAUCAGAGUGACAUGCGGCAUGAUUCGGUUUUUGAGGAUCCCUCCUCACAUCUGAGGCAGAUUCCUGAACACAGGCGACAUGAGAGGCUCAAGAAGGUGCAAAUCGAUGGCUUUUGCUCUGCAAAGAGCGUAGUUGAGCUAACAUGUCAUAUCCUCAAGAAUGCAACGUCACUUGAAAGCCUCACACUGGACUGCAUAUUUGGUGCGGAGGCGGUUGGUCAGUCUGUUAGGUGUUCUGCCCCAGAAUCCGGUAAAUGCAUGCCCACAAGCCGGCGUAUGAUCUUGGAAGCACAUAAAGCACUCAGUGCCGUCAAGAGAUACAUCCUGGAGAAAGUUCCCUCUUCAGUCAAGUUAAAUGUCGGGGGGCCUUGUACCCGGUGCCAUGUUAUGGAUGUGAUGUUGCCGCAGGUAUCCAAUAUGUAG